GCUCAGUCAGCGCCCACACACUGACUCCUGUGCCACAGGGCAGAACCGGCGCACCGAGCGACGAGGUGGACCGUCUGUGAUGCGUGCUCCUGCCCUAGACAUAUGCUAUAUAUCUCCUUACAUGAGGGAACGAGGAGACUCUUCAAACCAGACCUGGCAUGGCGCGCAGUGAACACCGCGGCGUCCUCCAAGUGAUGAGCCACUAAAGAGACGCACCUGAGAGAGAAGAAAAAAAGAACCGCACAUAAAGUCCGGCUCCCCAGACGGGUCGUUAAUGGUUUUGCCAAUACCGCCUCUGCGCGCGCUCCCGGCGGCUUUAACGCGGACAUAAGGAGGAAGGUCAACACGCUGAGGAAGAAGAAGGUGGCAGUGAUUCAGUCCGCGGGAGUUUGGCGCCGUGGUUCACGGGUUUUCUCGGCUGUAUUUUUAGCAUCCCUGUGUUUUCCCUCUCCUGACCGUCGUCCUCCUCCUCCCGGGCUCCGGGGGAGAGCAGGGUGAGGGCGCACGGACACACGCCGCCCGCGAGGCUCCCUCCACCGUGCACUCUCGCUUGGGUGUGGGAGGCUUGACGAUGGAUUAAUCAUCCCUUCCUUCUGUUGAUCUGACCUUAUUCCGACCCCCCCGGUCACCUUGGGAAUACUUCAAGCUCCCCCGAGCGCUCGAGCGUGUUCUGACCGCCGGUACAGCGCUCGAGCUGCCCGGUCCAGCGCUCGGUAGUCGAGAUGAACGCAGAACAUGUGCUGCGCUGCCUGCUGAUGCUCUGCUUCGCCCUGUUCUCCGCCAACGCGAGCAACUGGCUGUACUUGGCCAAGUUGACGUCGGUAGGAAGCAUUGCCAACGAGGAGACGUGUGAGCGGCUCCGGGGCCUCAUCCAGAGACAGGUGCAGAUCUGCAAGCGCAGCAUCGAGGUGAUGGACGCAGUGCGCCGCGGGGCCCAGCUGGCCAUCGACGAGUGUCAGUUCCAGUUCAGGAACCGACGGUGGAACUGCUCCACGCUGGAGUCCAUGCCCGUCUUCGGAAAAGUGGUGACGCAGGGCACCCGUGAGGCGGCCUUUGUCUACGCCAUCUCUGCGGCCAGCGUGGCGUUCGCGGUGACGCGCGCCUGCAGCAGCGGGGAGCUGGAGAAGUGUGGCUGCGACCGCACGGUGCACGGAGUCAGCCCCGAGGGCUUCCAGUGGUCGGGCUGCAGUGACAACAUAGCCUACGGCGUGGCCUUCUCUCAGUCCUUUGUGGAUGUGAGGGAGCGGGGUAAAGGCCAGUCCUCCAGCCGUGCCCUGAUGAACCUACACAACAACGAGGCGGGCAGGAAGGCCAUCCUGUCCCACAUGCGAGUGGAGUGCAAAUGUCAUGGCGUGUCGGGCUCCUGCGAGGUCAAGACCUGCUGGAGGGCCAUGCCGCCCUUCCGCAAGGUGGGCAACGUCAUCAAGGAGAAGUUUGACGGCGCCACCGAGGUGGAGCAGCGCAAGGUGGGCACGGCCAAGGCCCUGGUGCCGCGCAACUCCCAGUUCAAGCCGCACACCGACGAGGACCUCGUGUACCUGGAGCCCAGCCCGGACUUCUGCGACCGCGACCCGCGCACGCCGGGCAUGCUGGGCACGGUGGGACGCCAGUGCAACCGCACCUCCAAGGCCAUCGACGGCUGCGAGCUGAUGUGCUGCGGCCGCGGCUUCCAGACGGAGGAGGUGCAGCUGGUGGACCGCUGCAGCUGCAAGUUCCACUGGUGCUGCUACGUCAAGUGCAAACAGUGCCCCAAGACGGUGGAGAUGCACACGUGCCGGUGAUGCACGGACGGACGGGGCAGUGGUGGCGUCGGACGGACAACCGGGUGGGACGGGGAGGGGCGGAGUGUGGGAUGUGGGACAGAGAGGGGCGGGGCGGAUAGGAGGGCCAGGAGGAGGGACCGAGAGGACACUCUGUGUGUCGACGGUAGAGCGUGAACGAUCUGACAAUAGUACCACACUAUGACAACCCUCUCCUUGUCCACCGGACCGGAGGUGGAAGGGGUCACGGGGAACCUUCAGAUGAAGAACCCCACCACACACACACACACACACACACACACACACACACACACCCCCCUGCACCCCCAUUAACCCCCAACCACUGGUCAAAGGGGGCAGAUGUCUGCAGUCAAUCAUAGUCGUUGUAAUCACACCGUGAGAAGGUGCAGAAUCCACUAGAGGGCAUAUUCUCUCUCCCUUUGUCUCUCAGUAAUGGCCGCCGCUCGCUGCGCUGGCCUCGUGCUGCCACCCUCGAGGUGCUCGGCCACCCCCUCCCUCACUCCCGUUUGUGUUUAUUAUCGUCACUUGUUUUGUAAUGUUUAACUUAUUAUAACGUUGUCGAGAGUGAGGACAAGUGUGUGUGUGUGUGUGUGUGUGUGUGUGUGUGUGUGUGUGUGUGUGUGUGUCUUUGUGUGUGUGUGUGUAGUAUACGUGUCAGUGAAGUGCGGCAGGUCGUUAAAGCACGCCGUGCGCUUGCACACGGGCUGAAGGUGGACACACGGACAGAUGAACACUAGUCGUAUGGACAGAGGGGGGUUGGUGGGGGGGUGUGUGCUGUGGUUUGGGAGGGGGGAGGGGGGGGGGGCUAUUAUGUUGUUGGAAGGGGGGGGGCUGCAUGCUCGCCCCCUGACCUUCUGCUGCUGCUGCUGCGGAAGGAACCCGCUGGACACAGAGACACAAAUCAAGGAGAGCGGAGGGCAGACCCCCGCCAGUGAGGGGCUGCUCGGACCACCGCAACAAUCAGAGGAAGGAGGGGAACAGACACACUGGAAGCAACACUCUUCACUCAAGGACCGGGACAAGAAGGGACGGUGUGUUGGGUGGAGGUUCUUCUGUGGCCGUCUGGUAGCGUUGUUUGGCUGUUUUUUGCAGCUGCUCUCCACUCUCCAUCAAGACCCCCAGAAAUCACGCCCUACACACGCGCACACGCAGACACACACGCAGACACACACGCAGACACACACGCAGAGACACACGCAGACACACACGCGGACACACACGCGCGCACACUCUCACACAGGAAAAGGAUUAGCUACAUGGCCAGAGACACCAAACUUUUCUCUGAGUGCAAACACACGCACACACACACACACACACACACACACACACACACACACACACACACACACACACACACACACACACACACACACACACACACACACACACACACACACACACAGGGGAGCUACCUUGACGCAAACAAAAAUCUGCAUGCAUGAGCAAACGCACCCACUCCCAUGCCACUGCCAGUGACUGAAUUGCACCUGACCAGUGAGAGCCACCAUGGUACAAUCCCAGCUUUCCUAUGGUAAUAUUGGUGUCACUGUACAGACAGACUGUAGAUCUACACAGACUUUAUACACUGAAGAAGACGUUACUGCCUAUGAAUGUAUGUUAAUAUGAGAUUAUAUGCUGUAUCAAAACAA